AUGCGGACCGGAACUGUGGCUGCAACUUUGCUGCUGGUGGCUAUCUGCCAGGGUGCAGUCUAUAAAGUGCCCCUGAUCAGAACGGUCUCCCGAAUGACCCAAAUGAUCAACCAGGGCAAAUGGGCAGACUUUGUUCGUGAGAGGAACUUGGCUCGGGCCAGCCCCGUUCAUAAGCUUGGAUCGUAUCCGCAAAAGGUCUACGAUUACAUUGAUGAAGAAUAUCUGGGAAACAUCACGAUCGGCACCCCAGACCAACAGUUCAAGGUGGUGCUGGAUACUGGAUCCUCGAACCUCUGGGUCCCGGACACCACAUGCAACGGCAAUGCCUGCGACGGCAAAGACAAAUUUGAUCAAAGCACUUCCGGCACUUACAAGUUUGAUGGAACUUCAUGGUAUAUCGCCUACGGUACUGGAUCGGCUUCCGGCUUUUUGGGCGUCGACACCGUCCGAUUUGGAGCUCCAACUGAGAAUCAGCUGGUCGUCCCGAAAACGCGGUUCGGUCAAGCAACCGAUAUUGCUCAAUUCUUCGCCGGCGACCCGAUCGACGGAAUCCUCGGCCUGGCCUUCACUUCGUUGGCUGUUGAUGGUGUUAUCCCACCUCUCAUUAAUGCCAUCAAUCAAGGACUCCUCGAUCAACCCUUAUUCACCGUCUUCCUAAUGCACGACGGCGCCAAGGAGGGCGCCUACGGCGGCGUGUACACCUACGGUGGUAUCGACACCGACAAUUGCGGCCCCGUCAUCGCCUAUCAGCCCUUGUCAUCCGCUACCUACUAUCAGUUCAAGAUGGACGCCGUCAAGUCGGGCAGCUACUCGAGCACCAAGGGAUGGCAGGUCAUUUCUGACACUGGCACCUCGUUCAUCGGAGCUCCAACUGGUAUCGCCGAUGGAAUUGCCAAGCAGCUCGGCGCCACCUACGACCCGUCUGAAGAUAUCUAUGUGAUCGAUUGCAAUGCCCAGGCCUCCGUCACCCUUACUAUCGGUGGCAAAGACUACACAAUCUCCAGCUCGAACAUGAUCGUCCCUGGUGAUAAUAACAAGUGCUGGGUAGCGCUCUUCGGCUGGGAUAGCUUCGGCCCCGCCUGGAUUCUUGGCGACCCAUUCAUCCGUCAAUUCUGCAAUGUCUACGAUAUUGGUCACCAGCGUGUUGGCUUUGCCCCCUCCAAGCAGGCC